AUGUUCGAGACCACGCUGACCUUGCCGCGCACCAGCGUGCUAACCGAACCGCUGGGCAGCGUGCCAACCACAUCGACGGCCGCUGUGCAAACCACCAAACGGCGGCGACGGCGUCGCAACAAGCGUCGUCGCAAAUCGUCCAUGUCGAGCAGCGAGGCGACCUCAACCCGAACCUACGAUCCCGUCAUGACAGCGACCAGCAUACGUGGUGGCAAUUCAGCUGGUGGAGGUGGAGGUGUUGGUGGUGGUGGUGGUGUUGGCGGUACAGCACGUCGUGGUCGCCAUCGAGGCGUCAGCAGUUCCGCAUCAGCAGCAGCUGUAGCAGCAGCGGCAGCGGCAGCAGCAUCGGCAUCAGCAUCGGCAUCGGCAGCGGGUUCGGCAGCAUCAUCAUCGGCCAUGAGCGGUGGCAGCAGCCCGGCGCUAUUUGUGGAUCCGCACGACUUCUUCGAGACGCUCGACUAGAUUAGGAUAAAGAUUAACGAAAUCGAUCUGUGUAAUCUGUAUCUCUAUCUGUAUCUGUAGUAGGUUAAUUCUGUUGUUACUUCACCACUUUUUUUACACGCAUCAAUUGUGCGCCUUAUUUAAGUACUUCUUUUAACUGAUGCCGCGAUAAUUCAUGCAAUAAUUGUGUUUCUGAUUUAGCGAGAUUUUUAAAUGCGAAACAAAACAAAACUAUAAACAAAUAACAAAAGUUUUACAACAUAUUUUUUAUAUACAUUAGCCUUUCGGAUAUAAGCAAAAGAGGAAAACCGCGAAAAAAAACAACAACAACAAUUAUGUGUAAUAUUAUUCUUAUGUAUAAUUAAAAUUUAUAAUUGAAGUCCCCUAAUCGGAAAUUAACUGGCUAAAGUCGAUUGUGUUUGUAUUGUUUAAAACCAAAAUAAUGUUUACUUCUUUAUUAUUAUUUAAUUUAAAAGGAGCUCUUUUUAAAAUAUUUAAAACAAAUAAUAAAACCUGUUCAUUUAAAUUUAAAACUAGAGUUUAAAGAAAUUUAAUCGCUUGAAUCAACCAACUGCUAAUUAAUGAUAAAUAUAUAUACAUAUAAAGCUAAACAAUUGUGAACAAUUCAAAUAAAAUAGAAUUCAUUAACUUAACGUGUGAUCGAUUUAACAGAUCGAAUCAAA